AUGGCUGCCCUAACGGCGAUAUUAUUUGUACUUGCUAUUGGAUAUUCAGCGGGAGCUGAUUAUAGGACAAGAAUAAUUGGUGGUGAGAAUGCUCCCGAUGGUAUAGCUCCGUGGCAAGCAUCUUUAAGAUUUAUGUUUUACCAGCACAACUGCGGGGCAAGCGUCAUCGACAAGUACUGGGUUCUGACAGCUGCACAUUGCAUGGAUAAUAUUUACGGCCAGAAUCUCGACUACUUGACUAUUGUUGUGGGCACCAAUACUCUAGGUAAUACUGGAGAUAGGUAUACACUUGUUAAAUCUAUUAUUCACGAGAACUAUGAUAGAAGAACGUACGCAAACGAUAUUUGUCUAUUGAAGACGGGAACCGAAAUUAAAUACACUGCCAAAGUGCAGCCUAUACCUUUGGCUGAUAGGACCACGGAGCCUGGAGCCAGCUUACUCCUCACUGGGUGGGGAAUCAAGGGGACGGAUGGUGAAAUGCCUAACGACUUACAAAUGCUGAACUUGACUGCUAUAAGCACUGAAAGUUGCUCGCAGCGAUACGAAGACUAUUACAAACGUCGUGGUAGGCCAAACGCGAUCACAGAAAAUGUUCUGUGCGCUGAUGCUGGAACUGGAAAGGGGGGUUGUCAGGGUGAUUCCGGCGGUCCAGUAGUCGAUGGGAAUAUGCUGGCUGGUGUCGUGUCUGUAGGAGUUACUCCUUGCGGACAAUUGGGAGUACCAGACGUGAUGACGCGUGUCGAGAAAUACAGAUCUUGGAUUUCAAACACCAUGUCAUCCAACUAA